AUGCUACUCGAAUAAGUCCUUAUAUCACAGGGAUAAUUAUUCGAUUGGCAAAAUCUAAUGAAUCGUCUGAAUUUAAUAAGCUUAAAGUACCCAGAGAAAUUAGGAACUUUGAUUCUUUAAGAUGAAAAAGAACCAACCAGCUCAUUCUUAUUUUAACUUACUCUCCUUUUAAUGUGGCAAUAAUCGUAAUUUAUACCUUUUGUAAGGAGGUCAAAAUAUUAAUUAUGUAUCAUAAGCUUUAAUGAAGGCAUUUUAAACUAUGAUUCAAUUAAGUGUAUUAUGGUUUGUGAUUCUACUUGUACAUGGAAUAUUUGCAACAAAACUAUUAAAGGGUUGUUUAUACUAUUAUUCUACAUUUUUCAAUUGUUAUUGUAAGUAAAGAAUAAAUGGGCUUGUAUGCGUAAUGAUGAUUCAUGGGUAAAUAAGAUAUUAGGAUUUGAUAAUUUAUUUGAUAGUGCUUUAACCUAGUUUAUUACUGCAACUACUGAGGCUUGGCUCCCAAUUUUUGUAGAUAAAUGGAGUUUUAUAGGAACAAAUUGUGCUUUGAUUAAUAAUUCUAUUAGAUGGUGGGCAAUAUGUUUUUAAAUGUUUUUUUAUGUUAAUGUAUGCUCAACAUUUUUAUAUGCUUGA